GUGUGACGCACGUUGUCAUUGUAGCAGUGGGGAGGGGAUGAGAGCUCGGUCAGCUGAAACACUCUGGUGUCUCUAAUGUCUCUCAGUCCCGCUGCGCUGCGCUCUCAGAGAUCUCCGGCUCUGUAUGGGAGGCUGAGGGAGAAGCUGAGGCUGGAGCCGGAGCUGAGAGAGAAGUAUGGCCGCGAAGGAAGAGCUGUACGCCCGGAUCAUCCCCCGCAGACUCCGCCACGGCCGGGCCAGCAGCGCCGCCAAGCAGGGCUCUCCGCUGGACGUGCUGCUGUCGAUGGGCUUCCCCCAGAGCAGAGCGUUAAAGGCGCUGGUUUCUACAGGAGGCAGGAGUGUGCAGCUGGCAUGUGACUGGCUCUUUUCUCACGUAGAUGACCCCUUCUUGGACGACCCCUUACCCAGAGAGUAUGUGCUAUAUCUGCGCCCCAGCGGCCCCCUUCAGAACCAGCUCAACCACUUCUGGCAGCAGUCCAGGCUGACCUGCGGCAAGAACAAAGCCCACAACAUAUUCCCCCACAUCACGCUCUGCCAGUUCUUCAUGUGUGCAGACAGUAAGGUGGAGGCUCUGUGUGGAGCUCUGCAGUCCACAGUGAGCCAGUGGAGAGGACGCUUCCCCAGCCCCCUGCCUCUCGAGCUCUACACCUCCGCCAACUUCAUCGGCCUCUUUGUGGAGGAGCAGGUGGCCGAGACGUUGAAGAAGUUCGCCUCAGACUUCGCUGCAGAAGCUGCUUCUAAAGCAGAUGUUCAUGUGGAGCCCCAUAAGAAGCAGCUGCACGUGACUCUAGCCUACCACUUUCCCAGCUGUCAUUUGGCUUCACUGGAAAAGCUGGCGAGAGGAAUUGAGGUCAAGCUGGGCUGCGAUUGGCUCGCCGUCCUUUUCUCUCGGGACAUUAGAUUUGCAAAUCAUGAGACUCUGAGGGUGAUGUACCCCUAUGUUCCUCAGAAUGAGGAUGAGCUGGAGCUUGUACCAGGUGACUUUAUCUUCACAUCACCAGUGGAGCAGAUGAGCACCAGUGAGGGCUGGGUUUAUGGCACUUCUCUAAACACAGGGAUUUCUGGGCUUCUGCCUGAAAAUUAUGUGGGUCGGGCUGAUGAAUGCGACACAUGGGUCUUCCACGGGUCGCACUCAUUCUUCAGUGCCUCACCUUCAGAAAAAAGCAACAAAGAGAGCAGAACAUUGGAUGGGCUACUCAGCAUUCAGUGCCUGGAUAACUCAAGACCAGGGGAUUCAUCCAUCCUGAGUUUGGUCUGCCAACCUAUGCAGGUACUCCGAGUCAACAGCCACUCUCGCUCUCCUAAAAGGACGCUCUUUGUGUGUCGCCAUGGAGAGAGGAUGGACGUGGUGUUUGGGAAACACUGGCUCUCACAGUGCUCUGAUGCUAAAGGCAGAUAUGUGCGAACUAACCUGAAUAUGCCUCCAUUCCUCCCUGCCUGGGGUGGAGGACACAGGGAUUAUGACAUGGACGCUCCUAUAACCGUGUUUGGAACCACUCAGGCCAGAACUGUGGGUGAGGCUUUACUGGAGAGCAACACUGCCAUUGACUUCAUCUAUUCCUCGCCGAGCCUCCGCUGCGUUCAGACAGCCCACGAGAUCCUCAAAGGUAUGCAGCUGGAUGGAAAGCUGAAGAUACGAGUGGAGCCAGGCCUGUUUGAAUGGACCAAAUGGGUGUCAGGGUCUUCUCUACCCUCAUGGAUCUCUCCCUCGGACCUUGCUGCAGCCAACCUCAGUGUGGACACAACCUACAGACCUCACAUAGCCAUUACUAAACUAAGCGUGGCCGAGUCCUACGACACCUACAUGAGCCGGAGCUACAAAGUGACCAAAGACAUCCUGUCAGACUGCAAAAACAAAGGUAAUAAUGUUCUGAUAGUGGGUCAUGCAUCAUCUCUGGAGGCCUGCACCCGCCAGCUCCAGGGCCAGACCCUGCGCAACUCCAAAGACUUCGUCCAAGUAGUGCGGAAGAUCCCGUAUCUGGGUAUGUGUGCAUGUGAGGAGCAGGAUUCAAACUCGUGGAAGCUUGUGGACCCGCCCAUCCUCCCCCUCACCCACGGACCCAAUCACAGCUUCAGCUGGAGAGAGACGCUACAGCAGGAAUGACCCUCACUCACCCGUCCGUCAGCGGCUCUGAGUGACGGACACCUCACACACACUGGAAGCAUGCGGGCCAUGUGCUGGCCGCUUUGCAGAAUGGACCCAGGCUGUUCGCGCCACUUUGCGAGCUAAAAAAACACUGACGGGACUUUUUAUUUUUUAUAAAAGUUUUUUAGGCCAUAUUUUAUGUUUACACGUGGAAUGGAGAAUGGUGGUUUGAUGGACAGAUGUUGUGUAGAUGAGUAAAGUGGUUGAAUUGAGAGGGGGACACACUGCAGGCUAAUCUCAGGGCAUUGGCAAUCACUCUUUAACAGGUGAAGCACAGGUCUAAAUGCACAAUCACCACAAUUAACUUGUUUUGUGGACAGAAUAGCAUCUCUAACCUACAGUACAAAGCAGCAGGUGUAUUGUAGCUGCUGUGGUUAUUAAUAUACAGCGCUAUUGUACAGGUCUGGACAAAAAAAAUAAGAGAGCACUUAAAAAUGAUGAGUUUCUUUGAUUUUACCAAAUUGAAAACCUCUGGAAUAUAAUCAAGAGGAAGACGGAUGAUCACAAGCCAUUAAAACGAACUGAACUGCUUGAAUUUAUCCAAAAGCAGUGUGUAAGACUGGUGGAGGAGAACAUGAUGCCAAGAUGCUUAAAAGCUCUGCAUCUGCAUUUUUUGUUAUUUCAGCCAUUUUUCAUUUUCUGCAAAUAAAUGCUCUAAAUGACAAUAUUUUUAUUUGGAAUUUGGGAGAAAUGUUGUCUGUAGUUUAUAGAAUAAAACAACAAUGUUCAUUUUACUCAAACAUAAACUUAUAAAUAGCAAAAUCAGAGAAACUGAUUCAGAAUCUGAAGUGGUCUCUUUAUUUUUUUCCAGAGCUGUAUGUCUUGAGACAUUGCUUUCAUAUCUACUUAGAGUUUCUGUAAGCAAGUAAAAAAUAAGCUGCGUUCCCUUUAAAAGCUUGUGAUUUAUAAUAAUAAGAAUAGCCUACAGGAAUUUUUUAUGAUGGAUCAUCAGGAUAAGGUGCCAUUUAAGGUCAUUGGAGAUCUAAAGAUUUCUUGAUACACUCACUGACUGCCUGGAAUACUGAUACUGGAAUAAGUCCAUUCAGACUUUUAUAGAUGGAACUUGUAGUUCUAUGUUUCCUAUGUGGAAAUCACAUGAACGGCGUAUGGAUGGCCCACAGCUGGAUUCAAAUCUGCACUUCUGGACUUCUGAACUCCAGGAGAGACUGUACCAGAACAUCAUGUAUCAUCAUGACCUAGCUUUGCAUUCAGUAUUUCAGGUAUGGGGUCUAUUAUACCAAGUGUAGAGUGCCUCAGGCAGUGAUAACUGUAUGGAACUGUAUCGAAUGCUGUCUUUGUGCUCUCACUGUAAUGGCAAAGCUUUAAGCAAUAAAACUCAAUCUACACUA